AUGAUUCAAUACCUUCUCCAUCUUGGGGCUGACCCAAGUGAAGAUAUGGCACUGAUAUCAGCUGUAUCAGCCGGCACGGAGAUUUUGCAACAGCUUUUGAACGUAGCAUCAGCACGUAAGCCACUUUGUUCAAAGGUUUAUUUCAACUUUGCCUUACAAGAAGCGAUCCGGUCUAGCGACAUAUCCGCGGCAACUCUGUUAAUCUUGGCUGGCGCAGAACCAAAUAAAAUUUGUCGGCAGUCUCUACGGUAUCAACCAUAUGAGAACUUUCGAUGUGGCAUUUCUUGCUUUGGAAUAGCUGUGGAAAGCGACGAAACGCCUCACUCGGAGAUGACAAAGCUACUUCUUGACGCAGGAGCAGAUCCCAAUGCUGUGGUCAAGUACAAGCCAAAGAUGACCGCACUGAUGAUGGCCAUCAGUUCACAGAACCUAUCGGUCGUCAAACUCUUGUUAGAUCGCGGUGCAGCAGUCAAUGGGGGCGUGAACUUUGGAUUUACACGGACUCCCCUACAGCUGGCUGCUGAAGUUGGCAAUAUCGAUAUCAUUCAGGAUCUGUUGAAUUGUUCAGCUGACGUGAAUGCGGCUCCACACGAUAGAUGUGGUGCCACUGCGCUUCAAUUUGCUGCUAUUGGAGGGCAUGUGGGCAUCGCAAAACUCCUGCUUAAUCAUUGGGCGGGUGUAAAUGCCCCGCCUGCGAAGAUUGGCGGAAGAACCGCCCUUGAAGCUUCUGCUGAGCACGGUCGUCUUGACAUGCUACAGUUCCUCAUCGAUUCGGGUGCUGGAUUGAUCGAUCAGGGCCAAGAGCAGUAUGAAAGAGCAGUUGAACUUGCCAAGGAGAACGGGCAUAUGGCAGCGUCACGUCUCCUGGAAAGGUCUCAUGUACUGUGUUCCACCCAUGUAUGGCAAAACAAUUUUGCAUGCCAGGAUUCUUCCAGCAGUAUUGGUUGGACGUCGUAA